AUGGCUCCCUCUCUUGCAGUAGACUUACGAGUUCUCAAGUUCAUCCGCCUCCUCUUCAUCCGUCAGUCUCCCAACCAAACUGCUUGGUGUGAUAUACUGGAGACCUUUCUUGAUGGAAUGAGAUACAAGUUAACAUCGAAGAAUAGCUUGCGGUGUCGUUUCAGCAAUGUGUUUCACUGGUACCGGGUCUUGACUGUGUUGGCCCGUGAUCACGUCUCUACCCUCAUUACUGAUGCGCGGAAGGACCAUUCUCAUGUGGACCAGCCUAUGCCCACUCUGUUUGGAGGGAACGAUUGGCCAGAUGUUAUUGUUUGUAUUGAUGUGUGCUUCACACAAAAUGUUCUACAAAUCCCUGCGGUGCCACCGGCAGCGAUCCUCCUAGCCCGACAAUUGUCACGGAGAAAGACGUCAAACAAGGUAGAGCCAGACAAAGAUUGCUAUGAAGAGGGCAUGCGUGUACCAGUGUUGGUCUUGAAUGGAUGUGGAGAAUCCUUCAUCGCUGCAGACAAAAAACAUGAUCGUGUCCUGUGGAUUGUGAACCUCACAUCAGCGGGAGAAACACAACAUUAUGUGCUUGCUCUGUUAGACCGGUUUUUUUAA